CAGAAGCUCGUGUGGACGACCGUAAUGUAUUUUCCUUCUUAUUUCUUCCACGGCACAGAUACCUCUUCAGAUGCUUAUACCAGAAGAAAAACAUUUGUUUCUCUGUUGCUGGUUUAUAGUACACGGUUUGUGUUUCCUUUUUCUUUCUGCAAAGACAGUAUUUGUUUCGUCUGGGUGAUCCUUUGCUAGCUAGAAGCCAGCAUGUACAUCACCCGCCCUGUAGUUUUCUUACCACUUUAUUAGUUUGUUCUAUUCGGCACAUCACGCUAGUUUUCUUUUUGUGAAGUGUUCUUUCUUUUACACCAGAGCACUAGUAUCUUCUGUUCUGGACAACUCCAACUCCAAGUAGUAGCUAGUCCAGUAGGCUACAACGGCAACAAGUCUGGCAGGCUACAAUGGCCGUGAGGUACUUACUGCUCCUGGCCAUCUUCCUCCUUCCGACUCAACCAACGACACAGGCCGGCAAGAAACAGCCGGCGGUGCCAGCGGUGAUGGUGUUUGGUGACUCACUGGUCGAUGUAGGCAACAACAACUACAUCUUCACCAUCGCCAAAGCCAACUUCCCUCCCUAUGGCAGAGACUUCAAAGACCAUGUCGCCACAGGGAGGUUCUGCAACGGCAAGCUGCUUAUCGAUUUCAUAGCUGAAAAGGUUGGGUUCAAUAGCUCUCCCCCGGCGUAUCUCAGCCCGCAAGCAUCGGGAUGGAACCUUCUGCUUGGAGCCAAUUUUGCAUCUGCCACAUCUGGCUACAAUGACCACGGGACUCUGGUUAAUGCCAUCUCUUUCUCUCAACAGUUGAAGUACUUCGAAGAGUACCAAGGUAAGCUGGCAGUGGUGGCUGGGGGCAGCCAUGCUCACUCCAUCAUCUCGGGCUCACUCUACAUCAUCUCCGCCGGUUCAUGUGACUUUGUCUUCACCUAUUACAUCAACCCUUUCCUCUACAUGACCCAAAGCGCCGAACAGUUCUCGGACCGCCUUAUCGGCAUCUUCAACAACAGUGUGACGCAACUUUAUGGUAUGGGAGCCCGACGCAUCGGCGUGUUUUCCCUGCCACCCUUUGGUUGUUUUCCCGUGGCGAUCACGUUGUAUGGUCAUGGGAGGAAUGAGUGUGUGUUGAGGCUCAACAACGACAUCCAAUAUCACAACAUGAAGUUGAGAGCUACCGUUGACUCAUUACGAAAGAAGUACCAUGAUCUCAAGAUUGUGGUUCUUGACAUAUAUACACCUUUGUACAACCUCGCUACCUCUCCUGUAUCACAAGGGUUCACCGAGGCGAAGCGGGCUUGCUGCGGCACGGGGACGGUGGAGGCGUCAAUCCUUUGCAACCCUCUGCUACCUGGGACUUGUCCGAACGCACGGACAUAUGUUUUCUGGGAUGUUUGGCAUCCGUCAGAGGCAGCAAACAAAGUUAUUGUGGACUCUUUCCUGGAUGACAUCGACAUCCUGGUUGCAUAAACCCACCAGAUUGUAGACAUGCAUGCUUGAUGCCACAUUGGUUCAAGUAUACAGAAAGAAAAUAAUACCGCUUGGAUGUGAAAAGGGCAUCACGAUUUACCUUGACGCAUUCCAUGUCAAGAGGAUUUCAUUUAAUUAGGUGCGGGGCGAUACCAGAUGUUUUAUUAUUAUUAUUUUGCUAUAAGUCAAAUGUCUGAAUUUUUAGCAUGGCAAA